UAAUAUACAAUCACUCAAUUACUUCUAUCUUUGCACUAGAAGAAGUUAUAUUUCAAUUAUGGCAUCUCUAAUUAGGAACAUUGUUAUGACAUUUUUGUGUGUUUUAUUUGGCUUUGUUUGCUUUAGCAAUGCCCAAUUGUCGGCCAAUUUUUAUGGGACGUCGUGCUCAAAUCUUCAGACAAUUGUUAGCAAUGGAAUGAGACAAGCUGUGAAUAGAGAGGCAAGACUUGGUGCCUCUAUUCUUCGCUUGUUCUUCCAUGAUUGCUUUGUUAAUGGGUGCGAUGCAUCAAUACUACUGGAUGACACAGCAACAUUCACAGGAGAAAAGAAUGCAAAUCCAAACAGAAAUUCAGCAAGAGGAUUUGAAGUUAUAGAUACCAUUAAAACUCAAGUUGAAGCUGCUUGUCCUAAUGUUGUCUCUUGUGCCGACAUCCUCGCUCUUGCUGCUAGAGAAGGCGCUGUUCUGCUAGGAGGGCCAACAUGGGCAGUGCCAUUGGGCAGAAGAGACGCAAGGACCGCAAGCCAAAGCGCCGCAAACACCCAAAUCCCCGCACCAACUUCCAGCCUAUCAACUUUGAUCUCCAUGUUCUCCGCAAAAGGCCUAAGCGCAGCCGACAUGACGGCUCUCUCCGGGUCCCACACUAUCGGUCAAGCCCGUUGCACCACUUUCCGAACCCGCAUCUACAAUGAGACCAACAUUGACGCGCAGUUCGCCGCCACGCGCAGGACCACGUGCCCUGCAUCAGGCGGCGACGCAAAUUUAGCCCCGUUGGAUAUACAGACGCCGAGCCGGUUCGAUAAUGGUUAUUAUCAGAACUUAGUGGCUCGGCGCGGGUUGCUUCAUUCGGAUCAGGAAUUGUUUAAUGGUGGGUCCCAAGAUGCGUUAGUGGGGAGUUAUAGUACUAAUGCUGGGACUUUUAGAAGUGAUUUUGCUGCAGCUAUGGUGAAGAUGGGGAAUAUUAGUCCACUUACUGGAACUAAUGGAGAGAUUAGAAGGAACUGCAGGGCUAUUAAUUAAUUAAAAUGUCAUAAAUAGACUUUGAUUAAUAGCAAGUUGUAGUAGUUAUGUUAUGAGACUUAAGAUAAAGUUUGCAUGAA